UGAUAUAUUGGAGAAAAGGUUAUUGAAACUGACGACCGCAUUACUAUUUAUUGAUCGAGGUUUCCUGCGCGUUUGAAUUUUGUUUACUAACGUUACUGCAUCAGGAUUCUACGCAGAACAUGUCAGGCUGUUUAACUAACAAAGACUCCGGUUUAAGAGUGAGUUCAGUACUUAGGAGAGCAAUCAAAGAGUUUGGACCAAAACAUUUAGUUGAUGAGAAAGAAGAUACUUGCUGGAAUUCAGAUCAGGGAUCUCCACAAUGGAUUGAGGUCAACUUGGACUCAUUGUCUAACAUAGAGGAAAUUCAAAUCCGAUUCCAGGGUGGGUUUGCAGGGAAGGACUGCUGUCUACAGAUGACAGAUGAAAAUAAUGCAAAUCAUCACAUCAUGGACUUCUAUCCAGAGGAUGUCAACUCUUUACAAAGCUUCAAACUACCCAAAGUUGCAUCCCUGAAGAAAUUUAAAAUAAUAUUUAAUAAUAGUACAGAUUUUUUUGGGAGAAUAACAAUAUAUGAAUUAAAGGUUCUUGGAGCUCCAAUAUAA